CCUGGCAACGGCAGACGCGGGGAAGCCUCGGAAGCCCCAGAAGCCUCGCGGCCUUGCGGGCGCGCUCUCAGCGGGGCCCUGCUGGAGGAGGCUGGCUGGGUGAGCCUCGGGCAUGGCCUCCAAACCAGCUAAAAGGAAGGAAGUGCAUCGGAUCAACUCUGCCCACGGAUCAGAUAAAUCUAAAGAUCUUUACCCUUUUGGCAGCAAUGUGCCUCCCGGUUCUGUUGAACAGAAGAAAGGAAAGUUCCCGAUCUGGCCAGAGUGGAGUGAGGCGGACAUAAAUGCCGAGAAGUGGGAUACAGGCAAAGGAGGGAAAGAGAAGGACAAGACGGCCAAGAGCCCCCUCUUUCACUUUUUUGAAGACCCUGAAGGAAAGAUUGAAUUACCACCAUCAUUGAAAGUCUUUACCUGGAAACGUCCGCAAGAUUUUAUAUUUAGCAGACCUCCUGUAGUUGUGAAAAACGAAAUCACAUUUGACUUGUUUUCAGCAAAUGAACAUUUACUCUGCAGUGAGCUUAUGAGGUGGAUUAUCAGUGAAAUCUACGCUGUGUGGAAGAUAUUCAAUGGAGGGAUUCUGAACAAUUACUACAAAGGAAAUUCAGGAGAGCUUCCUAGUCUGCUCUGGAAGCCCUGGGAACACAUAUAUUCUCUCUGCAAGGCCGUGAAGGGCCACAUGCCUUUGUUUAACGCAUAUGGGAAGUAUGUUGUGAAGCUUUACUGGAUGGGUUGCUGGAGGAAGAUAACUAUUGAUGACUUUUUUCCCUUUGAUGAGGAUAACAAUCUGUUGCUUCCAUCUACAACCUAUGCGUUUGAACUCUGGCCAAUGCUACUGUCUAAAGCUAUCAUUAAGCUGGCAAAUGUUGACAUCCAUAUGGCACAGAGGCGAGAGCUGGGAGAAUUCACCAUUAUCCAUGCACUUACCGGGUGGUUACCUGAAGUCAUUCCUCUUCAUCCAGGGUAUGUGGACAGAGUUUGGGAGCUCUUGAAGGAAAUAUUGCCUGAGUUUAAGCUCACAGAAGAUCCAAGUUCUGAAAGCAAAAUGACAGUGGUAGACAACAAACUGAAGGAACCCGGGAAAGAGAUAAAGGAUGGCAAGGAAGUGAAAGACGGAAAGGAAGUGAAAGACGUGAAGGAUUUCAAACCGGAAACUUCCCUUACAACCCUGAAGCCUCCAGAGAAGACCGAUAAAGCUGCAAAGGAGAAAGCAGAUGCAAAAGACCUUGGGAAGAAGAGGAAUAAGGAUGGAGAGAAGGAGAAGGAAAGAUUCAAAUUUUCACUCCAUGGUUCGAGACCCUCAUCUGAUGUUCAGUACUCUAUGCAGUCCUUGUCAGAUUGUUCUUCAGCAAUACAGUCCCCUCAUAUGGUUGUAUAUGCUACCUUUACACCACUCUAUUUGUUUGAAAACAAAAUCUUUACAUUGGAGAAGAUGGCGAAUUCUGCAGAGAAACUUAGGGAGUAUGGGCUUUCCCACACCUGUAGCCACCCUGUGCUGGUGACCAGAAGUAGGUCUUGUCCCCUUGUGGCACCCCCCAAACCUCCUCCCUUACCUCCCUGGAAACUCAUUCGCCACAAAAAAGAAACGGUCAUAACAGAUGAAGCUCAAGAUGCUGUACCAAAGAAGCCCGAGCAGUUCCUUGAGAUUUCAAGUCCAUUUUUGAAUUAUAGAAUGACUCCAUUUACAAUUCCAACAGAAACGCAUUUCGUACAAUCCGUCGUUAAGAAAGGGACACCUCUGGGAUCCGGCCUUCCUCCCCUCGUGGAAAAUGAGCUAAGUGCAAGCACCAGCCAAGGAGAGAUGAGCACAAUAACUGGAAACCAGUCUCAGGUUAAUGUUACAUUGCCAACUAUUCCUGGAAGAGAUGAGCAGACAGAGCUGAUACUGGGCGACACCCACCCACCUGAGGGGUUAGAAAGAGAUUUGAUUAGCCUGACCACAGCGACACAGGACAAGUCACAGGAGGACUUGGGAACAAUAAGUGAAGGUGCUUCCAGAGAAAUGUGGUUAGAUUUUGAAGACUUUUGUGUGUGCUUUCACCACAUAUAUGUUUUCCACAAACCAAGUUCUUAUUGUCAUAAUUUUCAAAAAUCAGAAUUCAAGUUCUCAGAGGAACGGGUGCCCUACUAUCUGUUUGUGGACAGCCUGAAGCCCAUUGAACUACUGGUUUGCUUUUCUGCUUUGGUGCGCUGGGGGGAAUCUGGAGCCUUGACAAAAGACAGUCCUCCCGUGGAACCCGGCCUCCUGACAGCUGAAGCAAUCACCUGGAAGUCUCUGAAGCCUCUCAGUUCAGUGUUGAGGAUCCACACCUAUGCCACGAAGGCCGCCAUGGUGCGCCUGCCUGUCGGGAGGCAUAUGCUACUCUUCAAUGCAUAUUCUCCAGUGGGACAUGCCAUACAUGUCUGCAGCAUGGUGGCAUUUGUUAUCGGGGAUGAAGAUGUUGUACUGCCCAACUUUGAGCCGGAGAGCUACCGAUUUACAGAACAGUCUCUAAUAAUUAUGAAAGCGAUUGGAAAUGUGAUCGCUAGUUUCAAAGACAGAGGUAAAUUGCCUGCAGCUCUGAGGGAUCUUCAAGCAGCUCACUACCCUAUCCCCCUCUACAACAAAGACCUCACUGCUCAGCACUUCCGGAUAUUCCACAUAUCAUUGUGGCGUUUAAUGAAAAAAUCUCAAAUAUCCAAGCCCCCUCUAAACUUCAAAUUUGCAUUUCGGGCUCUGGUUUUAGACACGGACGUCCUGGAUACCGUCGUAGAUGAUUCCUCUUUAGCGGAAUGGGUAGACCUUAAAUAUUGUAUGCCAAUAAAUGAGAAGGAGUAUUCUCCUGAGGAAAUAGCUGCUGCAGUGAAAAUUCAAUCAGUGUGGAAAGGGACCUAUGUCAGACUGCUCAUGAAAGCCAGAAUGCCAGACACAAAGGAAAAUGCCAGUGUUGCAGAUACACUUCAAAAAAUUUGGUCGAUAUUAGAGAUGAAUAUGGAGCAGUAUGCACUUUCUCUCCUAAGACUAAUGUUUAAAAGCAAGUGUAGGUCUAUGGAGUCUUACCCAUGCUAUCAAGAUGAAGAAACAAAGGUAGCCUUUGCUGACUACACGGUGAACUAUGCAGACCAGCCACCGAAUUCUUGGUUUAUAGUAUUCAGAGAAACAUUUUUGGUUCCUCAAGAUAUGAUCUUAGUCCCCAAAGUAUACACUACACUCCCCGUCUGUAUGCUGCAUGUUGUUAACAAUGACACAAUGGAGCAAGUGCCGAAGGUGUUUCAGAAAGUGGUGCCUUACCUUUACUCCAAGAACAAGAAAGGCUACACAUUUGUGGCUGAAGCAUAUACUGGAGACAACUACGUGUCAGGCGCACGGUGGAAACUGAGGCUCAUUGGCUCUUAUAACCCGCUUCCAUUUCUUUCCCGAGAUGCACCGUGCAACACCUUCACCAUAAAGGAAAUUAGAGACUACUACAUUCCUAAUGACAGGAAAAUCAUGUUCAGGUACUCCAUCAAAGUGACCGUGGCACAGUGCAUCACAAUACAGGUCCGCACGUCCAAGCCCGACGCCUUCAUCAAGCUGCAGGUGCUGGAAAGUGAGGAGGUCAUGGUGAGCGCCACAGGCAAAGGGCAGGCCAUCAUCCCUGCCUUCUACUUCCUGGGGAGUGAAAGAGCAUUGAGCUCCCAGUCUAGCAAGCAAAUCCUCUUAUCUCAUACCUCACCUAAGAAAGAACCAGAAGUGAUGACUAAGAAAAAAACUGGCCCAACGAGUCAGAAGUCCUUCAAGGGCAGACCUGGAAUGGCGGCAGCAGAAUCAGGUCUGCCUCUGCUGGAAGAAGAAGUUAUGAAUGUGCCCAUUGUAGAAGAAAAUUGUAGCACACCACAACAGACAAAUCUAAAAAUAAAAAGAAGACUGAAUCAAGUAGCUGUGGCCUUAACUAACAUGGAGACACCCACCUGCCCAACUAAGAAGAAAUUCGAAAAGCUAUUAGAACGGUGUAGAGAGCAGUGCUACAAGUAUAUCAUACAGUGCUUGGUGCUGUUUAACAGCUGGCCUCUCACUGAAACUCAGCUGACAUUUGUUCAAGCACUAAAAGACUUAGAGAAAAGUGAUAUCAAAGCACUCAGGAGGCAGAGACAAGCAGAUCUCGGUGAGUUCAAGGCCACUGUGGUCUCCGUAACUGCAGAGAAACAUGAAGAACUAAUUACCAUAGGAAGCUCUGAUUCCCAUGCUGUCAGUGAAGGGCAGAAAUCUGUAGGAACUUCCAAAACAACAAGGAAAGGCAAAGAGAAGUCUGGGGAGAAAGAGAAGUUGGCCAAGGAAAAGCAAGCUCCUCGCUUUGAACCUCAGCCAAUACCCACUGUUCACUCUCAGCAAGAAGAUCCAAACAAACCCUACUGGGUUUUGAGGCUGGUAUCUGAACACAGCGACUCAGACUAUGUUGACGUGAAAAAAGACACAGACCGAUCAGAUGAAAUACGAGCCAUGAAGCAAGCUUGGGAGACAACUGAGCCGGGGAGGGCUAUCAAGGCUUCACAGGCCCGUCUGAAGUACCUCAACCAGUUCAUUAAGAAGCCAAUCGAAAUCCCUAUCCAAGAGACUUUUUCUUCAACCCAGAGCCAAAUUAAACCCUCAGAAGAAGGAGAAGUAGCAGGGAGAGAUGCUACAGGGAGAGAUGCUGCAGGGAGAGAUUCUACAGGGAAAGAUGCAGACAUCAAAGAAGUGUCAUCAGCCCCAGCGGGAAAUACACUGUGGAAGAAAUGGCAAAUGACCAAGGGCAUCAGGGAUCUGGCAAAAUCCGCAAGCAGCGAGAGCAAAAUAGCUGUGGCAGGGAAGGAAGAAAAAGAGCCGCCACCGCCGCCACCGCCACCACCGCCGCUGCCAAGUGUGCAGCUGAGUAUGCAAAAGGAGAAAGCUGUAUUAUCCCGUUCACGAUCUCAGACAGUUUUGGAAAUGUCUCCACGACUCAUUCGAAAAGCACUAGAAUUUGUGGACUUCAGUCAUUAUGUACGGAAAACAAGUGACGAGCCUGUGCUGCAAACAGAGGAACUGAAUAAGCAGCAAGCAAUGCAGAAGGCGGAAGAAAUCCACCAGUUCCGGCAGCACAGGUGCCGGAUCCUCAGCAUCAGAGACAUCGAUCAGGAAGAGCGAUUUAAGCUCAAGGAUGAGGUUCUAGACACGUAUGGGAAGAUGCGGGACUCUGUAGAUGAAUCCCGACAGAAGAUCCUUGAAGUCCGGGAAGAGUACAGAAGCAAGUUGCUGGAGGCGGAGCGCCUAAGGCUGGAAGCUUUGGCAGCUCAGGAGGCUGCAAUGAAGGCAGAGACAGAGAAAAAGUCUCCAGUUUCUGACUCACAGAAGAAGAAGAAAGGAAAGAAAAAAUGACUGAGAGGCCCCGUGGCACCCUCUUCUGUAGAGGGAAAGUGUUGGAGGCAUUGUCAUUUUGCCUUUUGAUAAAAUAUUAGACGAGUGGAGAAAAUGUUCCCCACUCAUGGUUUCUACAUUUUAAUGUUAACGUGUUGGUUUUCUUAGAAAGGAAUUGAAGAUAUUAGUGUCUCAGAUGUUCUAAUUUCACUAAAAUUGCUAAAAAUAAAGUUUAGAUUGUAAAUAAAA